GGGAUUCAGGUUCGAGGCCUCUCUGACUCUGGAUGGUUCCUUGAUAACCAGCAAUACAGGAGGACAGACUGCACGGAUAUCAUCACUUGUGCCCCUACAGAGGCCAUUCAGCGAGGAAUCAGGUAUUGGAAUGGAGUCGUUCCGGAGAGGUGCAAGCAACAGUUUAAAGAAGAAGAAUGGAACUGCUUCUUUGGCUAUAAGAUCUACCCGACCCUAAGAAGUCCAGUGUUCGUGGUCCAGUGGUUGUUCGAUGAGGCUCAGCUGACGGUGGACAAUGUACAUCUAAGUGGGCAGCCAGUGCAGGAGAACCAAUGGAAUUAUAUCCAGAAUUUGGGCCGGGAGCUGAGGAACACUCUGAAG